GGUAAUUUGUGUUUAUUAUGAUUGAAACCCAAUUCACUGGAAUUACAACCCUACGGCCCGCUCAUUAUUCUUUUCCAUUAUUAUUAUUUUUAUUUAUUUUUACAAAAUGUAUAAAAAUGAAAAGGAAAAAGGAAAAUCCAGGGUUUUGGGAUGGGCAUUUGUGUCAUUUUACAAAAAUGAAAUACUCGUAGAAGGAAAGGGAGAGAAGCCAAGCCCUUCCUCUCCAUUGAAGCGGUGUGUGGAAGAAGAGAACAUGUUAGGGUUUACUACUGCCCUCUUCCACCCUCCAAUUCCAUUUUCAAUUCGAUCAGAUCCGCCAACCACACCAAUUUUAUCCUUUAAAGCAACAGCGAAUUCCAUUUACCCUUACUUUCAUGUCCCCAGAAAAUUGGUGGUGAAAGCAGAGAAGGGGAACGGAAAGGAGGGAGAAGAAGAGAAAAGGUCAAAAAAUGGGGGAGGGGAGGACUUGAAGAAGGAUAAAGGACCCAUACUGAAUGUGAAGUGGAGGGAUCUGCUAGACCCAAACCCAGAGAACAUAUUGGCCAUUGGAUUGAGUGGGGUGUUGACAUGGGCGAGUGUUCAGGUGCUGUGGCAGCUCUUCUUCAUCUCUCUCACCAUUCUCGUAGCUGCUCUCAAGUACUCCUUCAUUGCCGCUCUUCUUAUAUUCAUCCUCAUUACCCUUCUUUGAAUUCUUGUCGAUUUAUUUUGAAUUUAUUUCAAGAAAUUGUAUAUUGGCUCUGUUUCUCUGUAUCUAACAUUUGAAUUCAGUC